AAAGAUGAAAGGUGACAUGCCACACUCAAAAUUAAAGAUCACAUUAAGGCUUUAAUCAUUCAAAGAUUACUUCCACCAAAUAUGUUCCAGCUCCUUUUGUUUGAGAUAUUCCAGCAUUUCAUUAUUUUUUAUUCAUUGCUUUUCUGAUACAGUCCUCUUUUUUAAAAAAGUUCUAUUUUGAUACUUUCUUUAUGUUGAGAAGAACUUUGUUCUGUUUAUGUUCUGAGAUAUCUUUUCUAGCCUGACUACUUUUGAUACUGAAUAUUUAUCUCUUCUGUUUGAAGCAUUACCUCUGUUCAAAGACAUUAAACUAGUCAUCACUCUCAUAGGAUCUGCAAGUUCAUCAAUCACAGCUCCCCUUCUUCUACAACCUCUCAGAGACAUGGUUGAACGAAGCCACAGCUUUAAGUUACCAGGAGCUGAGAUAAAUGAUCUAAGAAUGGCUCUUUAUGAGCGCAAAGAAGUAGUUGAGAGGCUCCAAGAUGAGUUAGACGCCGAGAGAGAAGCAUCCGCCACGUCAGCGAGCGAGGCUAUGUCAAUGAUUCUCAGGCUGCAAGGAGAGAAAGCUGAGCUAGCCAUGGAAGCUGGACAAUACAAGAGAAUAGUCGAAGAAGAAAUGUCUCACGCUGAGAUGUCCUUUGCGCUCUUAGAGGAUUUUAUCUACCAGAAAGAGGUUGAGAUCACUGCGCUUGAGCAUCAAGUGGAAGUUUAUAGAAGCCAGCUUAUGAGCUUGGGGUAUAGUGACUUGAUUAGCUUAGAUGAUGUUAAGCUUCAAGGGUCAUUGAGUGAUAGGUCUCAAACACCAUCUCCAGAGUUGGUAGAUGAUCUUUCUAUCCCUGUGGAGAAGGAGGUUAUUGAGCAGAGUUUGGACUCACAGAAGAGUUCUUUAGAUGUGUAUUGGGAACAGAUCAAGAAGCUUGAUGAGCAAGUGAAAGAGCUUACACAUUUUAGAGAUUCAAUGCAAUACAAGAGUUCAAUGUCUGAAUCUCGAGUCAACAAGAGAGAAGAAGAUGUUGCAAGCUCAUCAAAGGGUUUGUUUAAAAGUGAGGAAACUCUGGUGAUAAAAGUUGCAAAGCAGACAAAGAUGGAUAAGAAAUCACCUAAACAGACAAGAGACAGAAGCGGUAAGAGAAACCGGGGAGAGUAUCAAGCUGAACUGCAGCGGUUGAGACAGAGAGUAGAUAGGCUUGAGAGGGAGAGAACUAAGACUGAGCCCGAAACUAGUGGAGUGGUUAAGGAAGAAGAGACUAGUCUAGUGAGGGAAACCAAGGAGGAGGUAAGUUCUGUGCAAUCAUCUGAAGUGAAAAGCUCUAAUACAGUGGAGAAUCUACAACCUUGGAUUGACCCAGCCAUUCUUUCAAUUCAAGAGGCAAUGCUUUACUUCUGGCUAUGAGACAAAGAAAAGAAAGUGAAAAGAAGUUUUUUUGUGUUUAUGUUGAGUGUUUUGUCAUUGUGUUCUGUUUUUGUUUGCUUCAGGCUAAAAGCUGUAUGUAACUUUUCUAUGUAGGUUGCCUUUGAGUAACAGAUACCAAAAACAUCAUCUUUGUAUAUUUUUCUGUGUGUAAAUCCUACUAUAUAAAAGGGACUAAAUUCAAGCCUUUUGGGAUUA